AUGAUGGUGUACACGAGGAAAAUGGUGACGGCCGCGAACAAAGUCAUAGAUGAAAAUAAUUGGGCCCAUGAAGAAAAUGAUGAGGUCAAUGAAAAAAGUAUUGAAAACAACGAGCAAAAUGACGCUUUACCAACAAUAAUUGUUCCGCAAUCCUACUUAGCUUUGAUUGAUGAACCUUCGACAUCAAAAAGUGGUUUUAACAUUCUUCCAAGUGAUGUUAAUAAACUUCCUAAAAUUUCACAAGAAAAACGUAGCUCUAAAUCCAGGAAGUCUGGAGGCACAGUAGUUUUGACAAGUAGUCCGCAUAAAAAUCAAUUGUUAGAAGAACAACAGAAGAAGGAAAAGCAGGCCGAAAAAACAUUUAAAGAACAAGAAUGA